GUGAAAUUUCUUCCAAAAUACUUACAAGAACAAAAUGUGGUUUAGUAUCCGCCUUUAACGUUCAUUAUUAAAUUAAUCUAUGACAAAUCUACCUCAUUCCCGAGGAACUUAUUCAUUUGAAUCUCAACAAUGCGAGAUAACAAAGAAAGAACAAAAAUAUGAUGAUGGAAAUAUAUGCUUUGGUCCAUUACAUCGUUACGUUCACUUAAAUGAUGCAGCGAAUUCACAAAUAUUUACAUUUCUCUUGCUACCACAUCUUUUAUGUGGUUUAGUUAAUUAUGUCGAGACGCAAGUUUUCCAAUAUGCUGAACACGAGUGGUUUGUAAGAUUCGAAAGGACCGAUACGCAUCUAGGUUUUUACUUGGAGUUGAUGACGCAGAAAUCCGAAAAUUGUGAAACUACUUUGAUAACAUCAUCACAGAUACCAAUUAAUAAAUCAGACCAUAAUGUGGCUAAACGUCCAACACAAUGGAAAACUAUUACGUUAGAUUUUGAAUUCACUAUAAAAAAUCGAAAUUUUUUCAGUCAGAAUGAGUGUUUUACCAAAUCGAACUGUACAUUUACACAAGAAAGCUGCAGACAUGGACGUAAAAAUGCCAUAGAUUUGUCUACAUUAUCGUCAAAACGUUUUUUAUUUGAUGACGGCAAAUGUAUUAUAGAAUUAGGGUUACGUAACCCUCAUGUAUGUAUAAAACUACAAGCAAACCAAGUUGAAGAUCCUACAAACCAUAUGUUACUUAAAAAAGGUAGAAAAAGAACUCAUAAUAAUGGUUCUGUUGUAUUAAGACGAAUGGAUAAUGAAACAAUCACAUUUCCAGAUACCAUUCAUUUUGAAACUGAUCAUUUUUCAUAUGCUGGUGAUACAUGGGCUCUUACCAUUGACAUUGAACCAUAUCGUGACGUGUUGAAAAAUUUAAAUUUUGACAGUGAUAAUAAUCACGAUGUAUGUGCAGAUGUAGAAAUAUGCUUAACAAAAACUUCAGAGCAUAAGACAGAUAAUUGCACAUACUAUGAUGUUGAGAAACCACUCGGAACACAGUGGACACGACUACUGUGUAAUGCGUAUUUACCAGGUGAAUGUCAUACAGGGCUGAUGAAGUUUUUAAUAGGAUCACAGGGGUGGCCAUUGAAAGCACAUUGUUGCACGUUUGACGAACAAACAAAUGAAGUAAAACAACAACAACUAAAACAAGGGGAAAAAAGCCGAAUCAAUAUUUUGAAAUUUAGUUCGUGUGAAUACUUGGAAAAGGGUGAAGCACGUACUCAUCAAUCAGCAGUUGCUUUUCUUUUAAGCACAGUUUCAUCAAAAUUCUGUAUCACAUUAGAAAUGAUAUUUUAUGAACGAUUAACGGUGGUUAAUUUUCCUAUCAAUAAUCUUGACAAUUUUAAUCAUGUUGACAGUUGUCUGAUAAUGGAUCCAUUCUCGCUUCCAUGGAGGCUCUUUCUGAAUAGAUCAUCACGUUUAGCGAGAGUAGGACUAAUUCCGGAGCAGAAAACAGAUUUGCAACGUGAACGAGAAUAUAUGAAAAUUAGUGAAAAAUCGUCAAAAAUACAAGAUAAACACUCUCACUCAAAACGGAACACUAUACCAAGAGGUUAUCUGUAUCUCUUUGGUUGUAAGCUUCGUAUUCGAGGUUAUCAAUCAAACAAAAAUAAUUCUUGUGUUAUUGAACCAGUUGGAAAGGAAAUUUUGCAAAUUGCAUGCAAAAAGUCAGAUUUCUAUAACGAAUCGCUGUCACCUAACCGAUUUCAGCAUUCUGGAAUAAACGUUCUCCAAAAUAAUUUGAAUAUUCUUCUAAUUAGAAAUUUGCCGAAAUAUCUACUAAAAAAUAAUGAUGCUGAACUAUUGCAAAGUUUGUGUAAUACUAGUGUUAUGGACAUAGGUAAUAAAAUAUCUAAACGUUUGUUGAAGAAAGCUAAUCAAAUUAGUAGCGUGCAGGUGGCUAUGGAAAUAACAUGUCAAGAAUUAACUGAGUCAAAUAUGGGAAUUUUAAAUCCUAAAACAGGUACUAUUACAAUUGAAAUUCAGUGGUUGUAUAGACAUCAAAUAUACAUCGAUACACUUUAUCAAACAGAUGAAAUUGGUGCCCGCCAAUAUCAUCAAAUGAGAAAUGAACUAAUAAGAAUCACUAAAGAAAAAGAUGAGUUAGAAAGACAGCUUAUGGGUUUCCGAAUGGGUCUAGUUCAAAUUGAUUCGCGUACGCAUGGUCCAAAAAGUAUGCUUCCAUUGGAGUCCAUUCCUGGUCUAGUUGGUCAUUCAAGAACAACUUCUGUACCAUCAGGUGAAAACUGGCAGGACUCCAGUUGUUAUAGUGAAAAAGCUGUGUUACAGCAACCGUGUUACAAAAUGAACAAUCCUGUGUCCAAUGUGAAAUAUGAAUAUAAUAGUCAACACACAAAAUCACACGCAACAUCUUCACCAUCAAACUAUUCUUCAGAUAAAUUUAAAACUUGCAAACCGUAUGGUUUAUCUUCAACAUACCAUGUGGAGAACAAUAUGAGCCAUAUUUUGUUAGACUAUGAGUCGUUAGAUGAAUCGACCCAAAGGGCAUCAUAUCAUAUAUAUCAACCAACUUCAAAGCAACCCCUGAGUUUCAAAUGUGGCGAGUGAGAUUCAAUGUAGCCUCACAAUGGAUCAUGUUUGAGUGGUACAAAACACGAAAAUGCUGAUAUAACUGCAUAAAACUGUGAACACUUAACUAAUUUGUUGUUUAUACUUGGUUGGGAUGCAAGAUUCCCGAACGAAGUCUGAUUUUCUGUAAGACUAUUCACUUAGUAUCCUAACUACAAUAUUCUGUGUAUAAUAAAAGACUUGAAAAUAAAUCAUGAAACUUACUUGGAUGUGUAUUUUAUUGAUGAUAUUACCAGCUAGAGCUAUCGCCUAUAUACGGGUAAUUAUUUACUACCAUUUUACUUCAGUAUUCAUCGUCUCUUGGUUAAGAGCACUGGAUAAAUUUUUGAGCUGAAUACAUUUAUUAGGACGCAGUUUAUGCAAGCUAUUAACUCAACGAAGGAACACCAUUAAAAAUGGCUCUGAAUAAUCAACCACUAUCAGAGAAAAGAAAACAGUUCAUAUAUUCAAAGGGUAACUGGAAAACAUGUGAAACAGUUAAGUAUUGCCCUGAUUCUGACUUUAAUUCAGUACACUCACCCAGAUUUAACCCAUGGAAACCAAGCCUAAAUAAAUAUUGUAGUCAAGGUUUUGUAGAGGCAAACUUUAGCCCUCUUUAUACAUCAGAAUCAUCUACAUCAAACGUGUUUAACUCACGUAGUGAAGACGAAUUUUCUUUUAUAUUUUGAUGAAAUACAUUGCUGAUAUUAUAACACACGUCCUUAUGAAUCAUAUUGAGCUAUUUCAUCUUUGAACAAUAAACCACAUAAAGCAAAUUUAAAAUGAACUACUACUUAAAUCUCUCAAACUUAUUUGUUUUCAUGCAUUUUCAUACAACAAAACGCUUUCACAUUUCUUUCGCACUAGCUCAUCUUCAAUCCUUACUUUAGUUACAAAACUGUGAAGCAAAACUAACUAUUUAUACAAUGCAAUAAAGUGUGAAUUGUGUACUCAGAGUUCAUCAAAGAAAAAUUAACCCCAAUUUCCCAAAAAAUCUUUAUUUGGAAAUCAUUAAAUUAAUUCGUAACUUUACAAAUCACUUUCUUUUUUCAUUUAUUCUAUCUCUAUUAAAUCUCAUAAGUAUAAUUUAUGUCAAUCAAGCACUGAAGUGCAUAUGUUUCAAUAAAUAUAAUAGCACUAAAGAA